AUGACCACUCGUGCGGAGCGGAUGCAACAGCGCAUGCGCGGUGCUGGACACGGUCAAAUCGAAGAUGUCUCUUUCCAAUUAGACUUCGGAGACGAUCUUACGACCGAAAUCGAACCCCAAGACAGUCCAGAGGAGCCGCCGCCGCGAACCACGCCCACACCGAAUACAUCUGCUAAGAGACGGAAGCUGGAUAGCGACUCGACACGACCGCUCGUAUCGUCGCAGGGCGGUGACCAAGCUCGACGGUCUUUAGACAAGCCAGGCUCUAUCGAACCACAAGAUGGGCCAGCUAGACUAUCUUUGCAGCCCGCUGCAGCAGAGCAACCGACGACAAGCCCUACCCCCAUUGCAGAAGAGCCGGCUCCGGAUUCUGCUGAGGCACUGCCGCCACCAAGGCCGCCCGCACCUGCGCCGCCCAUUUCACCAGUAACCGGGAGGGUCACGUCAGACUAUACCGAAGUUGAGGAGAGCCCGGCUGAUGCACCAGGCAGCGGCCGACGGCGCACGAUCACGAGUAGUGCUCUUGGUUCUAGUGCCAGACUGCAGCAAGCUCUGUCCCCCGAGGAUAAUGAGACUGAGGCGGUUCCUAUUUCAUCGCCCCUAGAGCGCAAAGCUCGGCGAACCACAGCCAGCACACGCAGGUCAACAAUAAGCAGUCGCGGGAGCCGUAGCUCAGGCAUACCUGGAGACGUUGACAUUGAUGGACGAUCACUUGAUGGAGCAGGAAAGUCUGUCGAUCGAACAGUGUCACCUGAGCUAUCAUCUCGACGCGAUACACGGUCCGCAGAGCCUACAACUCACUCUGACGAACCGGUGUCAGAGCCAGAACCUGAACUGGAACCGGAGUCAUUGGUGGAGGAAGAUCAGGUACAAAGUCAUGGUCAGGAUGAAAGUUUGGCAGAAGAGGUCGACAUAGAUGAGGCGGCUCAACGCUUGGGACGCAAGCGGCCCCGCAGAAGUCCGAGAGGGCCAUCUGCCGAGCCUGAUUCGAUUAUUACGGAUGAGGACCAAGAAGCGCCUUUAGCGAAAAAGCGACGGAAACAAUUGAAAACAAGUCCAGCAAAACAGAAACAAGGACGACCAAAGGCAGCUUCUAAAGCAAAGAACAGCCCACCUAAGACUGCUCCUAAACGAAGAAAGAAGAAAAGCUCAGAUGCCACUGGAGACGACGAGACGGUCUCUAUUCCAGUGCAACGGUUUACGAAGAGAGUUCAAGCGGCCGAAGGCGAAGAUGGCAACGCAGACGUGCUUAGUUUGGAUAUUCCUUUCGCUAACCGCGGCGGAGUCAACACUGUCGACGUGUUGACCCAGAUGUGCGACGAAAUUGUCGGGACGAGCUUGGAUACUCUUAAAGAAGGUGUGCGGAAUGCUGAAGAUGCACCAACUAAGAAAGAAUUCCGGGUUCAAGUGCGAGCUUUGGAAGCAUUCCAGGAAGAACUUAGGAAUCGAUUAUUGCAACAUACAAUACUCCUCGACACACUCCACAGCCUGCGCAAGCGGCUGCGCAGUGUCCAAAAAGAGAGAAUUACUCUUCGGGACGAAAUCAUGCAAAUCCGUGCCGAACGGGACCAGGUGGCGCUCCGGAAGGACGCUGUGAGAGCUAAGCACGACAAGGUCAAAGAGGAGGCCCUGGUGAGUCUUCCGGUGGAACGACCUAAAUCAGCCCUAUAA